GGAGGGGACGGGGCUAUGGCGGAGGUCGCGGCAGCCCCGGGCGAGCCCGAGCCCGAGCCCGAGGCGGCGGCGGGCGAGGGCUCCGAGGCCAAGGCGCUGAGCGCGGGGGAGUACGCGCGGCGCGUGCACCAGUGGCUCUGGGACUCGUACUGCGGCUACUGGAGCUGGCAGAGCAGCCUCCCCGCGCUCCUCGCCGCCGCCGCCGCCCCCUACGGCAGCCCGGGCCCGCCCGCCGCCCCCGGCUGCCCCCCGCCGCCCGCAUACUACGCCCCCUGCUACCUCCUCGCCGCCCCCGCCGCGCCGGGAUCCCGCGCGCCGCCCGCCUGGCCCGGAGCCGCGCGCCUGGCCGCGGUGCCCAGGCCCGGCCCCGCCGCCAGCAGCGCCCCGAGGGAGAGCGGCCGGCCGGCAGGUCGGGAAUACAUUAUCCCAUCCUUGGCACACAGGUUUAUAGCAGAGAUGGUGGAUUUCUUUAUUCUUUUCUUUAUAAAGGCAACCAUUGUCUUAAGUAUUAUGCAUCUCAGUGGAAUAAAGGACAUUUCCAAGUUUGCUAUGCAUUAUAUAAUAGAAGAAAUAGAUGAAGACACAUCCAUGGAAGACUUGCAGAAAAUGAUGAUAGUGGCCCUUAUCUACAGGUUGUUAGUCUGCUUCUAUGAGAUUAUCUGUAUUUGGGGAGCUGGUGGGGCAACCCCAGGGAAGUUUCUGCUUGGACUUCGAGUUGUGACAUGUGAUACAUCUGUACUUAUUGCACCAAAUCGUGUGUUAGUGAUUCCAUCCUCUAAUGUUAGCAUAACAACGUCUACAAUACGAGCCUUGAUCAAGAAUUUUUCUAUUGCUUCCUUUUUUCCUGCAUUCAUUACGCUGCUAUUUUUUCAGCAUAACAGAACAGCCUAUGACAUUGUAGCAGGAACUAUUGUGGUAAGAAGAAAUGGAGUAAGAUGAUACUAAAAGAAGCCCAGAUUACCAAACUUUUUUGAACUCCUAAAAAACAAAGUAAAGAAGACCAUCAGUAUUGGUUGCCCAAAUUAACUGGAGACAGAUUCAGACGUUAAACAAUGAGUCAUUCCAGUAUGGUGCCAGUGAUUAUCUUGAAAGUAUUGAUUUUUCUUAAAUGCCAAAGACAUUUCAGAGAAAUAGUACCUAUUCAAUUUGGAAGUAUUAACAUUAGAUUGACAGGAAGGAAACUGGUUAUAUUUAUCCAUAAAGACAGUUUCUGUCCAUCUCCAGAAAGGAGAUGCCUGGAAAUAUUGCCAUCCUAAAAAGUACUGGUUCUACAACUUGAUUAUUUUAUGGCAAAAAUAAGUUGGAGAAUUUAGUUGUGGUCUAUAUUGGUGUUUACAAAACACAUUACAGAAACUAUCCCUUAGAAGGGAUUGCAGUGUUUCUUGGGGGGAUGGAGGCAAAAAUAUAGCUAAUAAUGUGUUGCCAUUAAACCGAUACAUUGUGCGGUGGUUGGGUAUUAUCAGCCCCUAAAAGGCUUAGUGAACUCCUUCACUUCAAGCAUUGUAUUCACCACUUUUCAAAUGUGUUCUUUAAACAUGUAUUGUGGCAGGUUUUUUGCAUGAUUGUGUUAAGCAUUAAGUCACUAUUUAUGUCUAUCCUAAUGAAGAGGUAAAUUAGGUUACCACUUCUUUGUGGGAAGAAUAAAUUACUGUGGUGUUUGUGUAAAUAACUUCAGAGCUAUAAAAUUAACAGUAUAGAUCAUGGAAACAAAAGGUGAAUAUGGUUGCUUUCGUUAGUUGGGGAAGGAGGUUUUAUUUCCCUCAAAUUGUUGCAUAUAGACUAUGUAAACUGAUAGAUGGAGUUUAUAUGCAGCAUGUAGUAAAUAUCAACCAGAACACAAAUUAUGGCUAACUUUAUAGACAAGUUCAAAAAUUGGUUUUCACUUUAUAUUUUAAAAUUCUGCCUAAUCACUGCUAUAUGCAGAAUAACUUGGAUACCUACUGAUGAAUAAAGAAGCCUAAUAUUUUGCAUGAUUACAUAGCUUUGAUAACUUAUGAUUAUUCUUCAUGUAAUACUGACUGGGAAAGAGCUUCUGAAGAACAGUGCCAACUUUUUGUUAAAACUUGAUUAAAUAUGUCAAGUGGGUUUUCUUUUGUUUUGUUUUUUUAUGAAUUGGAAUUCCACAUUACUGUCUGUAGUUGGCUUAGGACUAAAUAUUGACAAGUGGUUGCAGCAGCUACUCUUGACUGUCAUCUACUUUGUGUAAGGGGGUGUUGUGGGAGGGUAUUUUAAAAUGUGCAAUUUAAUAUAGAACAAGCAUUUCUACUGUUAGUGGCACUCACCUUCCUAAAUUAUUUCACUAUCAACUUUCACAAUAGUUUAGCAUUUUAAUGAAUGGUGUAUCAUUAGGGCUAAGUAUUGAAGUGUUCCUGAGGGAGUAUUCUGAUCUAAGGAAGCAUGAAGCUAAACUAAUUUUCACUACAAUGGUGUUUAAUCUGCUUUUUGGUUACUACUUGCAAAAGGUUGAAUGUCUGUUUUAGAGAGAUGUACCCUUUGCAUGAUUAGAUCUCCACACACACACCCGCCCUCCUCCCUCCCCCCAGCAGGAGUGAGCUCAUUGCUUCUUGUAAACUUGGUUUCCACUUACACAUGAGAGCCCUGUGGCACCUUUAAGACUAACAGAUGUAUUGGAGCAUAAGCUUUUGUGGGUGAAUACCCACUUCGUCGGAUGCAGCAAAAGCUUAUGCUCCAAUACAUCUGUUAGUCUUAAAGGUGCCACAGGACUCUCUGUUGCUUUUUACGGAUCCAGACUAACAUGGCAAUUUUAAAGUAUUGCCUACUAACUGCAGAUCAGAUUAGAAGCUGCCAAUUUCUUAAACUGCAGAGUCACUGUUUAAAGUUUGAACCUCAGCUAAUACUCAUUCCUAGAGCUAAUGAAGUGGAUAAACACUGAGUUCAGCCACAGUACAAAUACAACCGUAUUCUACUUUCCUUUCUGGUUUCACUGUGCGGUAGGGCAGCAGGUUUCACCAACACUGUGUGUGGUGUGCCCCCCUCCUCUUCCCUUAAUAAGCGGUUCCUGUUCUGCACAUGCUGUAAGCACAACCAUUGGGAUACAAUACUAGCAUGAAUAGGUUAGACAACAGAAAGCUGGGAGGUGAGCCUACACCACAAACUCAAAUAGCUGAGUUAGUCAUACUAAUAUAAUUAAAUGGUUUUGGGAGAAUGACAGGUUUGCACACAGUAACAGUGAAUAUGAACUACUGCUAGAUAGAAAUGACUGGCUAACUCUGCUUAGGCUAUUGCUUUUCAGUACAGAUAUGGUGGGGGCAAAGUAUGGCCCACAGGCAGGAUCCGGCACGUCAGGGCUUUCAGUCUGGCCCGCGGGAUUGCCAGCCCUGUGGUGCAGUGGGGCUAAUGCAGCCUCCUUGCCUGCUCUGGCCCUGUGCGGCUCCCAGAAGCAGCUGACACCAGGUCCCUGUGGGGCAGAAGGCUGUGCACUGCAGGUACUGCCCCCUGCAGCUCCCAUUGGCUGGGAACAGGGAACCACAGCCAAUAGGAGCUUCAGGGGAGGUACCCACAGGUCUGAGCCCUCUCUGCACCCCAAAUCCUUGCCCUGAGGCCUUUCCUGCCCCAGCCCUACGUUCAUGGCCCUCAGGCCAAAAAGUUUGCACAUCCCUGAGAUAUGGGGUGGCUAUUUAACUUGAUGGGCAGCCUUCUGCCUGUAUCUAAAAUCAGGACACUGACCUAACCUUUCUCAGCUGGACACCCAGAUUCCAAACCUACACCCAUCAAAAGAGCACCUCUCUGCCUUCCCCCCAAAUUAUGAUGGCACUGUACAAACAGUCCAAUGAUUCCUGUCCAAAGAAAUUACAAUUGAAGACGACAAGAUUAAAAAAGUAGUGGGUUUAUCUUACACUAUAGUCAUUGCAAACAAAUGGAGAUAGGCUUGCUAUUUUAGGGGGGGAAAUCAUUAGCAUUAAAAGGAGAUGUAUUUUGCACAUGCUUUUCUUUCAAAAAUGUAAAGUUGAUAAUUGUACAGUUUUAAUAAAUUUAAUAGUAAAUAGUGUAAGGUAAAAUCAUUCCACCGGCUAGACAGAAUAACUUCCCAUUUAAUCUUUAGUCACAAAGGCUGUGAUGUCUAACACUCCAAACUCUUGGGGGAAUGUCUGAUGGGUGUGGAUCAAGCUUAAUUGUACCAGCAUAAAAUUGUUCUAAUGAUGUAUGGGUCUUCUCCCUGAAGAUGUGCAUUUUUGAACUCUUAAGUUUAGUCAUAACCUUUAAAACUAACACCCAGAUCAAAGAUUUCUGAAAGGCUAAUAGCAUUCUAAACAAGAAUCUAGUUUCUUCUAUAUAAAUGAAUUCAUUCUAUGUAUCACAAAAAGCUGCAUGUUACCUUAUCAGUUGCCUAUAGAUGAUAUGGUGCAACAGACUGCAAAGUAGAGACUGUG